AUGGGGCGGACUUGCGAGUGCGCCGAGUGGAGGGGUUGGGAGGGAUCGAGGGCGGAGGAGCCCAUCGAGGAGUGGGGGAGGGGAGAUGUGAGCGUGGCGGCCAUGGGGGGGUCAUGGGAAGGGGAGCAGAGGGUGGGAUGGGGUGCGGGCGGGAGAAGGGUUCGUGCGGUCAUAGAAAAAGUCGCAGGAGAUCGGGGUGCAGACGCUAGGACGGAGGAGCUCGCUAGGGAGCAAGGGGAAGGGGGCGCAGGGGGGAUGGGAGCGCGGCGUCGGAAAGGAGGAGCUCGUCGGGGAGUGGGGGAGGAAGGGGGCCAGGAUACAGGCACCGGAGAGUGCGAAAGAGCUCGUGGGGGGUUAGGAUGCGGGCGUCGAGGCGGGGAGGAAGGAUGGUGGGGGGGUAUCAGGAUGCGAGCAUCGAGGAGUGCGGAGGAGCUUGCUGGGAGCCAGAAUGCAGGCGUCGAGGCGAGGAGGGAUGGUGGUGGGGGGGCAUCGGGAUGCGGGUGUCGAAGAGCAUGGAGGAGCUCAUCGGGGCUAAGAUGCACUCGUCAGGGAGUAGGGGGAGGAAGGGGGGCCUAG